AUGGUCUCAGAUGAAUCCAACGAGUCAUACUUCACAGAUGAUGACGCAACGAUGAAUAUGUCCUUUCAAACUGCAAUGAAAGAGGCUGACCGAGCAGAAGAAGUGACCCCGUUUAAGGAUAUCCCCGAACAUUUAAUUGACCGGACACAGAAUGGAAAGGUUAUCAAUGUACGACCUCAGUCACCAAACAGUCCUACGUUAACUCUUAGGAGACGCGUAAGGGAGCUGGAAAAUGAACUUGAUGCCACUGAACGUCAGGCGGACAAGCGGAAACAGGAAUAUCGAGACAGAUUAUCGACACUCGAAACUCGCUUAUUCGAAUUGGAACAGCAACAGGGUGACCUCCAGAGCUCCGCAGACGGUUGGAAAGUCAAAUAUGAGCGACAAAAGGAAAUUGCAGAAGAGUACCUAAAGAUGGCAGAUGACAGAGAAAUGGAAGGUCAUCUCGCUGUCAGUGACCUUAAUGAAAGCAUGUCAGAGGAAUCAGCAGAAAGGUCACGGCACUUGGCGGAAUUGAAGGACGAGUGCGACCAGUUGCGUCAAAAGGUCACUGAAGCUGAAAUUAAACGGGACGAAUACGCGACUAAAUUCGCAGAGGUCACACAACGGUUAACGACAUUGGCAACGGAGACGUUCAAACUAAGGAAUGAUCUGAAGCUACGGGAGGAAGCAGUCAGUACUCUACAACUAGAAUCGAAAGGUCAUCAGGAACGGGCGGACGAAGCUGAGAAGUUGCGCAAUGAUGCAAUCAAAGCGAUGCGAGAGGCAAGAGACAUCACAGCUACGGAAGGAGAACGCCUGAAAGAAGAAAUCAAAAAGGUCAACCAGGAGAACGAAAAGGUCAUAGAAGACAUUGAAAAGGUCACUAAGGAAGGACUCAAAUGGCAGAAGGAAGCACGGCGACUGGACACGAUGGUCACAACAUUGGAGUUGAAGGACAAAGAGUGGCAACAACAGGUCGCUCAAAAGAGUCAGGAAAUUGCAAAGUUGAACACUGACCUCGUCGAGAUGACCACCACAGCAUUAGCAAAAGAUGAUGAGUUGAUCGCAAUCAAGGAUCAGCUGAGAUCAGCCAAGCUGGGCAGUAUCAGCAACUCGAAAAUGAAACGA